UGCGUCUGCUCGAACAGGCACGGCCUGAUCUGGAAGUACGGCCUCAACAUGUGCCGCCAGUGCUUCCGCCAGUACGCCAAGGACAUCGGCUUCGUGAAGUUGGACUGAGUGACCUUCCACGAAUGGGUUAUUCGAGACAUCUACCGACGGCAGAAAUGAUGCUAGUUAUUUGUACAUAAAAAAAAAAAAA